CGUUUUCUAACGAUGGCCUUCCGGUAACGUUCAUAUGAAUACGACAAAAGAACUGAGAUGAAUUGAGUCAGAUUUGGAACUGAAUUAAGAACAUAUGGUGAUCCAACCUCGAAUCCAAUGAUAAGAGCGGGCCGAUUCAGCUCAUGAAGCACAUGUUACAUGGGUAUUGAUCCAACCCCAUGAGCCAAGAUUUGGGAAUUUUGGAAAAAAUGGAUUCGCAGAACCAAUUUCAGAAAGUGACGGAAAUGGAGCUCAAAUCUCCAGACCUUCAAGGUGUGAUAUCUAAAUCUAUUGUUGCUGCUAUAGCUCCAGUGUGGGUAUUACUGCCAGGUCUACCCAUCCAUUUCUUUGAUAUGGCAGCACUGGCCCUUGUCUGCAAACCACUUGGCAAAAUACUGGGAAUUGAUCUAACUACUAAGAACAAAUCCAGACCACAUGUUGCAAGAGUCAGGGUGGAAAUGGAUUUAAUGGCUCCAUUAAUCCAUAAAUUGUUUAUUGGCACAUCCACAGUAGCAGGCAAAGAAGAUGAAGGCUUCUAUCAGACUGUUGAAUAUGAAAGAAUUCCAUAUUACUGCUCUAGGUGCUUCAAGCAAGGACACCCUGCUGAAAAGUGUAAAUUGGAAGAGGAUAAUCAUUAUGCUGCAGAAAAAAUGAGGAAGGGGAAACAUAUACUGACAGAGGAGCCACCAAAUCAACUUAAACCUACUAGGCGUGGGAGAAGUAGGAGCAGAGCCCCACCCUCUACUCAACACCAGCAGAUGGUUUAUGUUCCUAAAACCUUGGGUCUUAAUACUCAACCUUCACAGUUAUAUGAAGGUCAAACAUCCAAAGGGCAAAACACUGAAAAGAACAAAACUGACCCAAAAAAGAAUGACUUCCAGGUGGUACACAAAAAGCAGUUCCCUAAGCAAAUAGCAUCUCAUUCUAACAAAACCUCUCCUGCUAUAGAAAAUCACAAUGCCAAAGAGCCAGAACCAGUUGCCUUGAAACAAUUUGCCUUGACACCAACUAUUGGCCUCAUUCCUAAACCACCUACUCAUGAGGGGCACAAACACCCUGCUUACUCCCAACCUUUGGAUGUGUUCAACACUUUUGAAGUUCUGCAGCAAUUAAAUAUGGAACACCCUAAGGCCUCAGAGUUUCAUCCCUCUACCAUUCCAGGGGGUAGGGAGGAAUCCAAAUCUAAAACACUUGAUGAUAGUGGCAAGGCUUUUCCAAUUCUGCCUAUUGCUGACCCUGAUCAGACUUGUGGCAUGAAUUCUUCAGCAAAUACUAUCCCCUCAAAUAAAGGUGUUCCUCUUGCAGAACUGGAUCCUGGCCCCAAAUCAGGUGAGGAUGAUAUUGAAGAAGUAUGGUCUGAUGAGGGAUAUGCUAGCCCUAUUGGAGAUGAUGAUUUCUUUUCUUCACCCAUGUCUGAAGAUAAAUCUAAGAACAACAUAACUGAAAUUCCAACUGAUACUCCAGCUGCCAAUACAAGGAAAGGAGCCUCCAAAACUAAACCCCCUAAGCCACCUACUGGGAAGAAAUCUAGAAAGACCAGAACUCCCCCCCCCCUCCCAAAACAGCUCAUUAAUGGAUUCCACACUUGUGUGGAAUGUAAGAGGGUCUCCUCCAGAGGAUCACUCGAUAGAUUACACCAUCUGGUUCAAAAGCUUCAUCCUCAUAUAGUCUGCAUUAUUGAGCCUUUUAGAGAUGCAGAAUUCUGUGCUUCCACUGGAAAAAAGAUUGGUUUUAUACAUCACCUUGUUGGAUGUCAAGGCAAAAUCUGGAUAUUCUGGAAGGAUACCUACUCCAUUGAUCUAUUAACUAAUGAAGACCAAGUAGUCUUUGUGAAAGCUACUCAGCUUUCUAGCUGCAGAAAUAGUGUUAUUGCAUUUGUCUAUGCAAAAACAAAGAGUUGGCUUAGGAAGGACCUCUGGAAUUCAUUAGUUCAGUUUGCUCAGUCUCAUGACAAUGCUACUCCCUGGGCUGUGGUUGGAGAUUUUAAUUGUAGUUUACGUCCUGAAGAAAAGCUUGGUGGAUUACCCAUGUCUCUUUCUGCUAGUUGGGAUUUUCAACAAUGCAUCAUGGAUUGUGGUCUCCUGGAGAAAGCUUGGGGAGUUAAUGUGACAGGCCCACCCAUGUUUCAACUCUAUGCCAAACUUAAAGCUACUAAGUUGGCUUUGAGUAAAUGGAAUAAAGAGGUCUUUGGUAAUAUAUUUCUUAAACUGGAGGAACCUGAAGCAAAUGUACAACAGGCUGAGGAAGUAUACCAACAGGAAGACAGUGAUGAGAAUCUGCUCAAGCUAAAAGCUAUUACAGCUCAAUAUACUCAUCAGUUGCACCUUGAGGAAAUGUUUUGGAAACAAAAAGCUCAUAUCCAAUGGAUUGAAGGAGGGGACAGAAAUUCCAAGUAUUUUCACUCUUUGGUCAAGGACAGAAGAAGGAAGCUCUACAUACAUAAAAUCAAAGGGCAGGAUGGCCAUUGGAUUGAGGAUCAUAAACAGAUUUCUAGCCAGGCUAUUGAUUUCUUUCAAAAGCUCUUUUCUGAGGAAUCAAGAGGCACGAUUGAUUAUUCUUCUUUAGCCUGUAUCUCUCCCAGGAUCACUGAUGAAGACAAUCAACAGCUUGUGGCCUCUCCUUCCUUGGAAGAGGUAAAGGAUGCAGUGUUCUCUUUAAACCCUAACAGUGCUGCAGGUCCGGAUGGCUUCACUAGCCAUUUCUUCCAAAAAUGCUAGGACAUUAUACACUUGGAGAUUUUUGCUAUGGAUGGCAAGGGAGGUUGCUUUCCUUUGGAGGUAAACAGGUUUUGAUUAAAAGUGUCCUACAAGCUCUACCUGCCCACCUUUUCUCUGCUGUGGAACCUCCCAAGGGUGUUUUGGCUAAAAUGGAACAAAGUUUCUCUAAUUUU